AUGGGGGUCCAGCUCAGGGCUGCCCCCAGGGCUGUGCCUAAGGCCAUCCCGGCCCUGCGUGCUCUCCCCGUGAGGCCGGCUGCCAAGCAGCUGCAGACCUCGCCCCUGAUCGCCAAUUCGCGGCCCUUCCUGGCCGAGAGGCAGCCCGCCAAGCGCGCGGAGAACGUGGGCCCAGCUCAGGCCUCGUCCGGGGAUGUCCCCGCCCCAGGCGAGGGCAAGAAGAUCCUUGGCUACGAUGUCUUCACCUGGCAGAAGAUUAUCCCGCUCGGCGCGAUGUUCUUCUGCAUCCUGUUCAACUACACGAUCCUGCGCGACACCAAGGAUGUGCUGGUGGUCACGGCGCCCGGCUCCGGCGCUGAGAUCAUCCCCUUCCUCAAGACCUGGGUGAACCUGCCCAUGGCCAUCGCGUUCACCAUUGGGUACGCCCAGCUGGCCAACGUCCUGUCGACGGAGGCCCUCUUCUACACCUGCAUCAUCCCCUUCAUCAUCUUCUUCGGCGCCUUCGCGUUCGUCAUCUACCCCCUGCGUGACGUCAUCCACCCCACCGAGUUCUGCGAGAAGCUGCUCGCGUCCUCGGGCGCUCGCUUCGCGGGCCCCAUCGCCAUCCUACGCAACUGGAGCUACUGCCUCUUCUACGUGAUGGCGGAGCUCUGGGGCUCCGUGGUGGUGUCGGUGCUCUUCUGGGGCUUUGCCAACCAGAUCACCACGGUCGAUGAGGCCUCGCAGUUCUACCCCCUGUUCGGCCUGGGUGCCAACGUCGCCCUGAUCUUCUCGGGCCGCGCCGUCAAGCUCUUCUCCCAGAUGCGCGCGGACCUGCCCCCGGAUGUCGACGGCUGGGGCCUGUCCCUCAAGGGCCUCAUGGGCAUGGUCGUCAUCGGCGGUUUGCUCAUCGCUGGUAUCUACUACUGGCUCAACCGCACUGUGGUGCCCAAGGUUGAGAAGCGCGAGGCCAAGAAGAAGAAGAAGGGCCCCAAGAUGAGCGUGGGCGAGUCGUUCGCCUUCCUGGCGGCCAGCCCCUACAUCCGCGACAUGGCGGCCCUGGUGGUGGCCUACGGCAUCUCCAUCAACCUGGUGGAGGUGACCUGGAAGUCCAAGAUCAAGGCCCAGUUCCCCAACCCCAACGACUACUCGGCCUUCAUGGGCGACUUCUCGACCGCCACCGGCGCGGUGACCUUCACGAUGAUGAUCCUGUCCCGCUACAUCUUCCGCUACUUCGGCUGGGGCGUGGCGGCGCUGAUCACGCCCACCGUGCUGCUCAUCACGGGCAUCCUGUUCUUCAGCCUCGUGCUGUUCAGCGACAGCGUCGCCCCGACGCUCAAGGCGCUGGGCCUGACGCCGCUGAUGGCGGCCGUGCUGGUGGGCGCCGCGCAGAACGUGUUCAGCAAGUCGUCCAAGUACAGCCUGUUCGACCCCUGCAAGGAGAUGGCCUACAUCCCCCUGGACGAGGAGGGUGAGUAG